AUGGCAGGCGGCACCAGAGCGCGCUUUGUGGUGCCUCACCGCCUGCACCAGCCGGAGCAGGAGCAGCAGCAGCCUAAGACCCCGCUCGACCUGGGCCUAAGGUCCUCGCCCACCAUAGACGACGUGCUGGGCAGCAGCGGUGCCAACCUGCGGGAGGAUGACCAACAGCCGGUCUCUCUGGCUGGCUGCCAGCUGGUUCAGCCACAGGCUAGUGCACGGGUGUGGCUACCACAGCAUGAUGUGCCACCGCUGCAGCAGAAGCCGGUGGAGCUGCUGGACCUCAUCUCCCCAGCUGGUCCCACUGUCCUGCAACAGCAGCAGUGGCAGCAGGAACAGCAGCGUGACGAGGGUGGCAUUACCCCAGGCUUCUACAUAGCUGGCAGCAGCGAGGCAGGCAGUGGAGCGCGGCAGCUGACCGGCUUGCUGCGCCGGCUGCCAGCUGUCGCGCCCAGCAGCGUCAGCCCCCCUCGUGCAGCACAGCAGCAGCAGCAGCAGCUGACCUGUACGGUUGGCGGCGGCGGCAGUGCCCCUUUGCCGCCCAUUUUUGACCCUGCUGGCCCGGGCGCUGUGGGCUCUGCCGACUUCGACCCAAUUGCCAGCCUGAGCCAUGUCGCAGCUUUCCAGGGGGAGGCCGAGGCGGCAGUGGAGCGAGCGGCAAGCAAGCGGCAGAAGAACAGCAGCCUGGCCACCAACCCCUUUGCUUCCUUUGUUUUUGGCAAGAGCUAA